AGCCAUGUACUAUAUCCCAUUAGAUGUUAACUAUGCUAUCAUAACUGUGGUAGCUUGCACAACUCAGAUGUGUUGCCUCAUUAACGAUGAGGGCAAACCAGAGGAACUAUCACUAUCGUCCUUCAGUUUGAAAAUCACAGCCACUGUCGACUCAUUGAAUUUGGUUAUAAAACGUACCAAGGAAAUAAUAGCGAAAUUGGAGGAUUACCGGAAGCUCGUGAAAAUCAUGAAUAAUCCUAGAAAAAUCACCGUGGUCUUUAACGAGAUGGGCUUCACGUCACUUGUUAAGCAACAGGUCAACCUUAAAGAAAUUGAAACAGAGAAUGUCUUUUUGUUCUUUUCCGACUUGGACAUUAGCGAAAAUGAAAUUUCAAUUCUCAAUUCAAUUGAUAAUAACAAAAGUAUGAAGGAUCAGUACAAAAUUAUAUGGAUCCCAAUUGUGGACUGGACGGUUGAUCAAAUGCAAACAAAGUUCGAGAAGUUGCGGUCUAAGAUGCCGAAUACUUGGUACAGGUUGCCAAAAUUUUCAUUCGAUUUAGGUAUCCAGUACAUUAAGGAGAAGUGGGAAUUCAAGAAUAGGCCUAUCAUUGUGGUGAUGAACUCGCAAGGGAAGGUGGUUCACCGAGAUGCAUAUCACAUGAUUGCAUUGGGAAUAAAUCCCCUCCGUCCGAUUACUGGGGUUCCAGACUCUCCACUGCCCAAUGGAGAGGAUUCAGUUGGACAGAUUUUGCUUGGCAGCCUCCAUAUAGAUAUACUAACUUGGAUGAAGCAGGAGAAGUACAUUUUCUUCUAUGGAGGCAAGGAUACAGUGUGGAUUAAACAAUUUAAAGAGCAAGUAUAUGCCAUGAAUCAGGUCUUUAAGCCUGCAAGUAUUUCCAUCGAGUUGUUUUACGUGGAAGAUAAAGGGGAGAUUACCCUAUGGAAAUUCUGGAACGGCAUUGAGAGCUUUUUCCUCGGCUGGAACUACAUCAAGAACAUUUUACUCUCUGGGAAAGAUAAGAAAACCGAAUCGUCCACCGUGAUGUCAACAAUCCUUAAGUUACUUUCCUACAAGACUGAGAGUACCGAAUGGGUUGUGCUGUGCAAAGGGUCUAAAUUGGUGGACAGUGGUCAUGGCACAACAAUCCUGAAGGUCUUGAAGAAGUAUGAUCCGCCAUGUACGAUAUCCAUUACCCCUACAUUUGACUUUGCAAGUUCAUUCUUGAAUUACCAUAGAGAGAUUCUAAAGCUUCCAGCUGAAAAACCUGGUUGCUACCACUUCGACAUCGCUGAGGAUGCUGGAAAGAUCACAGCAGCUGUAAUGUGCCCUUUCUGUUCGGACCGCAUGAAGUUGUCUAGCAGGUUUAACUGCUGCCACAGUGCUUAUCGUUCUACCAAGAACGCACAACACUAGAUGUCUGUGCUACUCUCUCUCUCUCUCUCUCUCCCCACUAGUACUUUUUCUACAAAAUAAUUGUUUUCUUGUCCAAGUUUGUUUCUAGUAUGAGGAAGUUUAAUUUUAUGAUGUGCAAUGCUACAAUAAAGAGCAUCCUGAUUUCGUUGCA